CGAGUUGUCCACCACUUCCGAGAGUACGACAACUCAGCAGAUGUCGGAUCGCAAGAAGAAUAGCCGCAAAAGUACUCCGGAUGAAGACAAAGUAUCGCAUAAAUCGUUAAAACCAAAGAAAGCGCACAAAAAGGUUGUCCCAAAUCAGCGCAACUCCUCAUCGGAAAGCCACCCCCUCUUGUCUCAGGAGGAGUUCUAUAUCAUGCAGAGGAGGGCCCGCUCUCUGAGCCGAUCGCCCGACAAGAGGUUCGACGCGACCGCCGGCGCCCAUACGUCCAGCUCUGCGGCCGCCGGACACUACUUCCAGUCCUGUAGUCACCAUCACUUCACGUGCAGUCAGUGCGGAGAGUCGGCCGAUAAGCAUACGGUGCCCGCCAUU